AGCUACUCCAGCAAGAUACAGACAGAAAUUUAUUAUACUCUCCCUACCACAACACUCCCAUAUCACUUCCAUUCCCUCUCUCUCUCUCUCUUCUUCUUAUUUUCAGACCAUACACCACACACCAAUGUCUCCAAACCCAUAACCUUCUCAUUCAUUCUCUUCAGAUUCAUUCACACAUACAUAAAAACAAACACACGCACAUACAUAAACAGAAAACAAAACAAAACAAAGAAAGAGAAAGAAAAAAAAAUGUCAGUAUACGAUGCAGCAUUUGUGGACACAGAACUAUCAAAACCAACCUCAAUCUUCGGCCUGAGACUAUGGGUAGUCAUAGGAAUCUUAGUCGGUUCACUCAUCGUCUUAGCUCUCUUCAUGCUCUCUCUCUGCAUCACCUCUCGCCGCCACCGCCACCGCCACACCAAACCCACUUCCACCGUUGACCCAACAACUCCACCAAUCUCCAAAGAAAUCCAGGAAAUCGUGGCCCACCCAGCUCCGCCUUCCGAGAUCCAAAUCGAGAUCGGGAAGGUGGAACACCGGGUCGUCGUGGUGUCGAGCGGCGAGACUGAAACGACGGCGUCUUCGUUGGGGAACAGUGGGAACAUGGUGGGGCCCGAGGUUUCGCACUUGGGUUGGGGAAGAUGGUACACACUCAGAGAGCUUGAGGCUGCAACCAAUGGGUUGCGUGAAGAGAACGUUAUUGGUGAAGGUGGCUAUGGGAUUGUGUAUUCUGGACUUUUGAAUGACGGUACUAGAGUCGCCGUUAAAAACCUCUUGAAUAACAGGGGUCAAGCUGAGAAGGAAUUUAAAGUGGAGGUGGAAGCAAUUGGGCGGGUGCGACACAAAAAUCUUGUAAGAUUACUUGGAUACUGUGCUGAGGGUGCAUACAGGAUGCUUGUGUACGAGUAUGUUGACAAUGGCAAUCUGGACCAAUGGCUUCAUGGGGAUGUUGGGGAAGUCAGCCCUCUAACAUGGGAGAUCCGUUUGAACAUUAUAUUAGGAACAGCAAAAGGAUUGGCCUAUCUUCACGAGGGUCUUGAACCAAAGGUUGUCCAUCGAGAUGUAAAAGCUAGCAACAUACUAAUCGAUCGCCAGUGGAACCCUAAGGUAUCUGAUUUUGGGCUUGCUAAGCUCUUGUGUUCCGAGAGGAGUUAUGUGACAACUCGCGUGAUGGGGACUUUUGGUUAUGUUGCACCCGAGUAUGCUUGCACGGGAAUGCUGAAUGAGAAGAGUGACGUUUACAGCUUUGGAAUACUUAUCAUGGAGAUAAUUUCUGGGAGAAGCCCUGUUGAUUAUAAUCGACCACAAGGAGAGGUACAUUUGGUAGAAUGGUUGAAAACCAUGGUUGGAAACCGAAAAUCUGAGGAAGUAGUUGAUCCCAAGCUGCCAGAGAUGCCUGCUUCAAAGGCACUUAAACGUGUUCUGCUAGUUGCUCUUCGAUGUGUUGAUCCCGAUGCAAAAAAGAGGCCAAAAAUUGGACAUGUGAUCCACAUGCUUGAAGCAGAUGACUUACUAUUUAGAGAAGAACGCAAGAUUGGGACAGAUUCUUCCCGUUCACAUCAUGAUUUUCAACCAGAGAAUAAUGCUGUUUCAAAAUUAGGCCAUAGACAACUUGUUGAAGGGACUUCUGAUGAAAGUGAAGGUGAUAGUGGUAGGAAGCAUCAUCAGCCAACUAGGUGGAGAUAACACCAUUUGAGGGCUUUGUCCCCAGUGCUGCCAGCCCAAAUCAAUUGAGAUGGUUUUGGAUGGUGGACCCACUUACCAGCUAGAUUAAAUCACAUCAGUGCCGACUUCAGAAUCGGUGGUUCUGUGAAAUGGACCCAAUACCAGCUAAUUCGGUUGAAGCUACUGUGGUUCGCAGCUUCUUAUUCACAUGGCCUUUCUUGUCCUGGUUCGACCAGCAAGCUGGGCAGCAAAGGUCUAGACUGGGACUGGGGUCAAGGUUUUGCUUUUGUUUUUAGCUGAUUCAAAAGAUGAAACCAGUACAACUGUCAGUUCUCAAGGCUUUCACAGCCACAAACAAACAAAGCAGGAAAGUGACACAAAAAGACGCUACCAUAAAAACAGUAACGCAAAGCCCAUUUGCUUAUUAUGCAUGAACUCACAUGUUAAAUAAUCUAUACAGACAGUCAAGCAUAUUG